ACUAACUAAUCCGUGUGGGUCGCGCUUAGUAGAAGGGAGUAAGCAAGUAUCCUUCGCUUUCGUUUUUCUUCUCUUGUUGAAGUACCCAUCGCAUUCGCACGCGUUUUCAUCUCAAUUCGUUUUCUUUUCUUCUCUAUUAUCAUCUUCUCCGUUUCUUUCCUCUUAUUCCAAACCCUAAUUUUCAACAGGAAGACCGGGUUUCAAUUCAAUUUCAUAAUUCUCACAAGAUGAAAUCAUCCAUGUUUUCAAAGCUUUUUGGUAAAACUAAACAGGAUCAACAAGCCAAUACUCUAUCAACUUUAGAAAAAUUAAAUGAGACACUUGGAAUGCUAGAGAAAAAGGAGAGCGUGCUUCUUAAAAAGGCUGCAGCUGAAGUUGAAAGGGCUAAAGAAUUCACAAGAGCCAAGAAUAAAAGGGCGGCGAUACAAUGUUUGAAAAGGAAAAGGCUAUAUGAACAGCAAGUAGAGCAGCUUGGAAACUUCCAGCUGCGUAUUCAUGAUCAGAUGAUAAUGCUGGAAGGUGCCAAGGCAACCACAGAAACAGUAGCCGCAUUGAGAACUGGAGCGGCUGCUAUGAAGACUAUGCAACAAGAAACGAAUAUUAAUGAUGUUGACGCAACCAUGGAUGAGAUUAAUGAACAGACUGAGAACAUGAAACAGAUUCAGGAAUUAUUGUCAGCUCCAAUUGGUGCAGCUGCUGAUUUUGACGAGGAUGAACUGGAAGCAGAACUUGAAGAGCUAGAGGGUGCUGAGUUGGAAGAACAGCUUCUUCAGCCUGCAAUUACAACUCCAGAAGCCUCGGUGCAUGUCCCAGCUAGGCGGCCUACUCGUCCGGUGCAUACAAAGCCCACUCCUGAGGAAGAAUUGGCAGCUUUGCAAGCUGAGAUGGCACUUUGAGCAGGUCAGAAUUUUGCAGGCAUUGAUGAUGAGAAUGAUACGGGGCAUACAUAAGAAUUGGAACCAGUGACUUGGAGAAUUCUGCCUCUCUCUGUCACUUUUAUCUUCGGAAAUUAUUGAACGGAGGAUGCACAUGUAGAUUAUAGAUAUUGAAAAUUAAUUUUGCCUUUGAUGUCACCUUGCUAGAUUUUUUUUUUUACGCAAAACAAAAUCAAGACAAUUCAUUCAAUAAAAUGUUCCAAAUACAAUGAUUAAUAAACGUGAAAACGUUGCGAGUAGCAUAGUUGGUACUCUGAUAUUAGGGUUGAGCACCGGCCGGUUUACGGCCCAAAAAUGGCACAGUAGAUGAAACCGAAGUCACCAAAUUGAGACCCAAAUUCGACCGUUGAUUGGCUCGGUUUUGGCGGGUUUUGGAUGUGUAGGUCGGUUUGUCCGGGUGGGUUGGAUUGGUUAUGGGUCUCAACAAUGGAAAAAAAAUGUAGAGAAAUAGAAAGAAGAGGUGAAUGACUUGGCAAAAAACCGGAGAAAGCUUCUCUCGGGUGCUUGUUUCUUUGUUUCUCUUUUCUAGAGGAUGCUUGCUUCUUCUCUCUUGUAUUCGUAAGCUCAAGUAUCAAUGUAUCAUUUCUUGUAAUGAAGAGUAAAUUAGAUAUUCA